GUCCGCAGCGGCCGGCGCCGACGCCGCGCGCUCUGACUUUAUCAAAGUUUACCGUAAACUCAUGUAAAUAAUCCAAAUAUUUAAUCGUUAUCAUGACUUAUUUCGAUUCUGAAAUUGAGUGAAAAUUAUUGGGAAUAUGUCUGGUUCCAAUGUACUUUACAAUACUUGCAAUGAUUUUGAGAAAUAAUUGAAGUUAUUUAGGUAAUACAGUGAAUGACGCCAGCCGAUCUAAAUCAUUAUUGUUUGAUGUGGUAGAUAAAUUGUGUGUAAACGGAAACGUGUAGGUAUAUUAAGAAUCGCCAUCAUUAUUCUAAAUAGAAAUGCAGAUUCGAGGUUUCAGGGUUUAGAUGAAUGUAAUGGCUUGACAUUGCUUUAUUUUCAAUGAAAAUUGAGCAAUUGCUUUCGGUGCAUAGAUAAAAGCAAAAUAUCUUUUAACUAGCCACAGUAUAGCCUUUUAAAGCAUAUAGAAACAUUUAGUGUAUAUAAGUGAAAAUAACGAACAGAGACAUCUUUUGGACAUGCUCGCCUAUUCCUAGCUUUAAUCAGCGUUUUCCAACACUACAGAGUUCAAUAAGCGCAGAAGCAUUGGCAGAAGUCAGUACUUGUGUUCAAGGAAUAUACCGCUGGGAAGUAUGAAGUACUUCAGAGAUAUACUGCUGUUAUAGUGGGACAUGUCGCUGACUGCUGUGUGACUAAUCUCCUCUCGAGUGAGUCGGGUGGGGUACGGGCCCCAAGGCUUGGCCUCCUUGCCCGGGCAAGAGGUGGUAGAGCUCGGUAAAGAGUACAAUCGUACGCGAUACCCGUAGUCGCCGCUGGGGCCGCCAUGUCUCGCCGGGAGAUGCGCCUGGAGCGCGCGGACUACCCGCCGCCGCCGCCCAGCAAGUGUGCUAAGGUGCUGUACUACACGUGGAAGCUGUGCUCGGUGGUGUUCUCGCACUUCGUGAUGAUCAGCCUGGUGGUGGCCUACUGCAUCCUCGGCGCCGUCACCUUCGAGCGGCUGGAGGCGCAGCACGAGCGAGAGGUGAAGAUGAACAUAUCACAGAUCCGUGGAAACACGACGCACAGCAUCUGGACGAUGACCAACAAGGUGCCGUACCUCAACCAGACCAACUGGACGGCGGAGGUCGUUGACAUGCUGAAGGACUUCGAGAACGCGAUCCUGCUGGAGAUGAAGGUGCGCGGCUGGGACGGCAACGAGAGCACGGAGCACAUCCAGUGGACCUUCACCGGCGCGCUGUUCUACUCCAUCAUCGUCAUCACCACCAUCGGCUACGGGCACAUCGCGCCGAAGACGCAGACGGGCAAGGUGGUGACCAUCUUCUACGCCAUCCUGGGCAUCCCGCUCAUGCUGCUCUGCCUUUCCAACAUCGGGGACGUCAUGGCUUCUUCCUUCCGUUUCCUGUACUGGCGCGUGUGCUGCUACGUGUGCACCCGUCCGCCGAAGCAAAGUCGCCGACACACCAGGCGCUCGCACCGCGCGGGCUCCGUGCGGCGCCGCCGGCCGCUGGAGCGCUCCUACUCCGACAACGACUUCAGGUACCGCGACAGCGGGUACAACAGCGCGCGCGCUCGCCGCGCCCGCCCCGCGCCCGCCUACGCGCCCGCGCCCGCCUCCGUCUCCGCCUCUGCGCCUGGGCCCGCUCGCACUCGCUCGCACCCGCCGGCCUAUGCCAGGCCAUACGCACCAGGUUGGAGAGAAUACGAAGAAGACCGCUCCCCUGCUAGAAAUGACGACAGAGAUCCGUACGAAGACGACGAAGAAGACUUUCCCAAAAUAUCUCUGCCGCUGCAAGACUUACAGGCUGCGCUGAGAGAUUUGGACAAUUAUCAACCAAGGUCAUCAAAACCUGAGCUGCGAAGCAAAUCACUACCGAGACCCUCAAAAACUAAACCAGAAUUUGGCCCUAAACGAGAUUACGAGGACGCGAGACAUUUUGACAUAGAGGACGACAGAGAAAUGUAUGAAAUGCAUGAUUUGUUCGACGUGGACUACGCCAACUAUAGAGAGCGGAAAGCUUUGGAAGAGAGAGAUAAAAAGCGCAGAGAAAGAGACGACUAUCGGCUUCGAGAUCGCGGCUAUGAUCCCGAAGAUGAUGAUUUUGAGUUCGAUAUACCGAGAACUAGAAGAUCUGGUAACGAUAGAAGAUAUGACCGCAGUCGAUCGGAGUAUUAUGAGCGGGAUUUUGAGGAGUUUCCUGGUGAGCGACGGGGGCGGGGGCGGGGCCGUCGCGCCAAGAGCGCGGUGUAUGAGAGCGAGCGACGCUACGACGAGUGGGACGACGAGCGCGACGUGGAGCGCGGCCGGCGGCGGCUGCGGCGCCUGCACACCGUGGACGACACGCCGCACGCGCGAGCGCCGCAGCGAUAUACUCCGUCACCAGAACGAGAUGACUGGAGUGAUGAGCCGCCGCCCAUUCGCCGCGGCCGCUCGGCAGCGUGGGGCUCCCGACAGUCUGAUAUUUAUGCAGUACAAGGACCUGCCAAAGAAGAAAUAAAGCCGGUGCCGAUCUGGCUGUGCGUGUUCCUGGUGGCGUCCUACAUCGUGUCGGGCACGUUCCUGUUCAAGCGCUGGGAGGGCUGGGCCUACCUGGACGCCGCCUACUUCUGCUUCAUCACCCUCACCACCAUCGGCUUCGGGGACUUCGUGCCUGCUCAGGGUCAAAGCGGUGAGGCUGCCGACGCAGUGCACUCCAUCGCGCUGUGCUCCCUGUACCUGCUGUUUGGCAUCGCGCUGCUGGCCAUGUCCUUCAACCUGGUGCAGGAGGAGGUGCGCGCCAACGUCGCCGCCGUGGCCACGCGCCUCGGCAUCAUCAAGCCCAGGGACCACGCUGAGGAGUGACGGCACCGACCACCUCAAGUGCCCCCUGUACCUGCUGUAGAUUGUCUCAAGAGAUAUUAAGAUUUUACAUUAAAUUCACCGAAAAGUAAAAAAAAGUAAUCUUUAUAAUACUUAAUGACUACAAUGAUAACUAUUUAAUGUUCGAUUAGUUUUAGUUUUAGUUUUGUAAUAAACUUUACAGUAUUAUGUGCCAAAGUGUGAAAGUAAUAAAGUGUUUGUG